GUGUGUGCGUCAAGCCUGCAAAGUCAGCAAAGCAACUUUGCGUCACGCAGACACUCCCACUGAUGCAAAGGAGAGGACGAGCCCCCUCGGCGUUUCAAAACACGCCGGAGCUCGUCGCAGUGGUGUUCUCUCAUGUUACCGGCUGUAGCUGUCACGCGAGCCCGGGCUGAGGCGCCCCUCAGGCGGCUACUCGGCAGCCGAAGACCGCAACUCCCUGGCAGCCAAGGCCAACACACGCAGGUGGACGCGGGUGGUCGUCUCAAUGGCGCUUCGGGACGGGCCAGCGGUGGGAUAUGUGUGGAUUUUGAGCAGACCAGAGAGGCUUAUAAGAGCAAGGACUCGUUGGAGCUCCUGAGAAGUCUGCUGGUUCUCAAAAUGUGCUCCUUUGACUUCCUGGUUGAGAAGAAUCAAGAGAUCAUGGAUUUGGGGAAGAAGGUGUUGGGUCGGAAAGCCUUUGAUCAGCUGAUGAAAAUGACCUUUUACGGUCAGUUUGUGGCCGGCGAGGAUCACAAAGCCAUCAGGCCGCUCAUUCAGAAGAACCUGGCCUUCGGUGUUGGCUCCGUACUGGACUACAGUGUGGAGGAGGACAUCAGCCAGGAGGAGGAGCCGCAGAUGCACUCAAGUGCAGCCAGUGCAGAUAAAGGCGAGAACUACAAAAACACGAUUGGUGGCUCCCAAACAUAUUUCUAUGCAGAUGAAAGCAAAUGCGACCAACAUAUGGAAACCUUCAUGAAAUGUAUCCAGGCAUCUGGAGGGAGCUCAAUGGACGGCUUCUCUGCCAUCAAAAUGACCGCCCUGGGCCGACCUCAAUUCCUGCUCCAGCUCUCUGAGAUCCUUGUGAAAUGGCGCCGAUUUUUCACCUUCUUGGCAUCCAAGCAGUGCAAAGACAGCGUAGAUGUCUUGGAGAGAAAGUUGGAUCUUAAACAGAUGCAGGAAUUUUUCAGCAGCGUGGGUGCCAACGAUGACUUCUACAAGGCGUUGACUGCACGGAGUGAGGACGCUUCAGGGUUAGGAACUAUUGACCUCCUGGAAUGGGAGCGGCUCUUUGAUGACAGAGCAAACCUGGCAGACCUGCUUGUUGUCCCCAAUGUUCAGCUUGGUCAACUGGAGCUGCUGCUAAAAGACUUCACCGUGGAGGAGGAGGGACAGAUGACAAGGAUAUUGCAGCGUAUGGAGACUUUAGCUGAGCACGCUGUAAAGAACGGCGUCCGCUUGAUGGUGGAUGCGGAACAGACCUACAUGCAGCCGGCCAUCAACAGACUAACACUGCAAACGCAAAAUGUUUACAACAAAGACAAGCCGCUCAUCUUCAACACCUACCAAUGCUACUUGAAGGACGCUUUUGACAACCUAACGUUGGCGCUUGAGUUGUCUCGACGCCAGGGAUGGCAUUUUGCCGCCAAGCUGGUGCGAGGGGCCUACAUGCACCAGGAGCGGGAGAGGGCGUUAGAAUCGGAGUACGAGGACCCCAUCAACCCUGAUUACGAGACGACCAACGUUAUGUACCACAGAUGUUUGGAUUACGUACUGGAUGAGAUUGCCCGCCACAGGAACGCCAAUGUCAUGGUGGCUUCCCACAAUGAGGACACAGUGAAACACACUUUGCGGAGAAUGAACGAGCUAGCAUUAUUGCCCAGAGAAAACAAAGUUUUCUUUGGCCAGCUUCUGGGCAUGUGUGAUCAGAUCAGCUUCCCGCUAGGCCAGGCGGGUUUCCCAGUCUACAAGUACGUCCCCUACGGCCCAGUGAACGAGGUGAUGCCCUACCUGAGUCGGAGAGCCCAGGAGAACCGAGGCUUCAUGAAGGGUGCCCAAAAGGAAAGAGAGCUGUUGUGGAAGGAGCUCAAACGCAGAUUGGCCUCCAGGGAGCUUCUCUAUCAGCCGCUAUACUGAAAGCAGUAAAAAAAAAAAAGGGUCACGUUUUCUUCUCUUGCCGUCUCCUUCCUGUCUUUCUCUUUCUCUGUGGUGUAUUUCAUUCUUUUAUUUCUCCCAAUGCUGUGACAGCCCCAUCACUUGCUGAUGUUUCCCACAUGCUCCAUCCCCCUUUACAUUUAUGUCCAUUCUUCAUUUGGCCCUCCUUUUGUCUGCAAAGCACUCGUAUCUAUCAAGCGGGCAUCUUAAGUGCUCCGACUGGACUCGUGAAAAUGUCAACAAGUCCUGGGCGCUCGUUCCUUUUCACGCACCUAUUCAUCACGGGCAAGGACAACCACGCGCACGACUAAGAGGUUUUAUUGAAAUGCUAAUAAAUGCAUUAUCUGUGUUGUU